GUGGCCUGGCCUGUGGGGGUGGUGGGUGUGUCUCUGCGUCUGCUCUGCCUCUUUGGACUUUUUCUUUCCCUUUGAUUUUGGCCUCCAAACAUUGAGUGAGGGGCGAAAUUUGAAGGGAUGGGUUGCUCCUAGAUCUGCUUCUGCUUCUGAUGAACAACAAAUGUAUCAACCAAAGACUGUUCCUGGUUCAAGUUUAGUCCGCAACAACUCAAUAGUUCAUGGUCAGCAUUUAGAUUGUGGUGCUAGCCAAAUGGACCCCAUAAGUGGAGGGAACAGCCUCACCAACAACCCUAAUCUUGCAUCAAAGCAACGAUUGCGCUGGACACAUGAGCUUCAUGAACGUUUUGUUGAUGCUGUAGCUCAACUUGGUGGGCCAGAUCGAGCUACACCAAAAGGAGUUCUCAGGGUCAUGGGUGUACAAGGUUUGACAAUAUACCAUGUCAAAAGCCAUUUACAGAAAUAUCGCCUUGCAAAAUAUCUCCCUGAUUCUUCAUCUGAUGGUAAAAAAGCUGACAAGAAAGAAACUGGGGAUAUGCUUUCCAAUUUGGAUGGUUCCUCUGGGAUGCAAAUUACCGAAGCUCUAAAGUUGCAGAUGGAGGUGCAAAAGCGCUUGCAUGAACAAUUGGAGGUGCAGAGACAGCUACAGUUGCGAAUAGAGGCUCAAGGGAAGUAUUUAAAGAAAAUUAUUGAGGAGCAGCAGCGUCUCAGCGGAGUCCUUGCAGAAGCACCUGGCUCUGGAGCCUCAGUCCCAGCUUUUGGUGACAAUGGCCUGGAAUCUGACAAGAAGACUGACCCUGCAACUCCAGCCCCAACUUCAGAAUCUCCUCUACAAGAUAAGGCUGCCAAAGAACGAGCCCCUGCCAAGAGCCACUCUAUUGAUGAGUCUUUCUCCUCUCACCAUGAGCCUUUGACCCCAGAUUCAGGUUGCCACGUUGGUUCCCCAGCAGGGAGUCCUAAGGGUGAGAGGUUGAUGAAGAAACAACGGGUGAGCAUGGCUGCGGCAUUUGCUAAACCUGAUGUGGUACUUCCACACCAGAUAUUAGAGUCAAGCAUAAGCUCCUCCUUCCAACAAUCACACUCUGUUUUCAUGACGAGAGAGCAAUUUGAUCCUUCAUCUGGGAUGUCGAAGGGAAAUGAAGAUCAAUUGGAGAAGGCUUCUGGAACUGAGCUGUAGUUUUAUGUGCGACAAGGUAUAUGUUCUCCAUUACAUUUUGGCUGUGUAUCUCUGGGAGGAAAUUUCUGAUUAGGUCAAAAAAUACUUGUUAAUGUCUGAUGUACGAGAUAAUUAGGCUCAAGUAGAUCUGUCCCUUUAUACUGAUUUUUCUAGCUUUCAUAUAGUGUACUUGAAUUUUAAUUAGAAAUGAGAAAUUAUUGUGAACAAUGCUGGAGACUUGGCUUACAUAUACUGCCAUGUCUGUCAGAUCCCUUGACUGUUAUGUUUUGCUUGAAGGUCUCAAGACUUUGAUGGCUUGGAUUGGUUAUUGUCAAUUGGGAUCUUUUGCCAUUGGCACUAUUUCUAUACUGAGAGACAAUUUCCCUUUGUAGGGCGUA